CCCCCGCCGCAUCGUCGUCGCCGUUGAGUUCGGCGUCGAGUAUUAUGUCUAAUAAAAUUGUGCCUGCAAUUUAUCGGGCCAUAAUUGACGAUGUAAUUACCAACAUAAAAAGCGACUUUGAUGACUUCGGCGUUGGAGAAGAUGUACUGAGUGACUUGCAGAGCAGAUGGGAAAACAAGGUGAUUGCGUCUCAUGUUGCAGAAUUCGAACCGCAGCCACAAGUGCCACAAAAUGCGCCUCAACAUACAUAUCCACCACAUGUUCCGCAUCCUGCACUUCAGCCGCAAAUACAUGCUGCAUACCCUCAAUAUGCUCCACCUCCACCACCUCCUCAAUCACACGUGAAGGCGGAACCUGUCGAGAACCGUUUCCCACUUCCGAGUAAUUUGCCCACCUAUAUUCCGCAAUUACCGGGUCCAACUUUGCCUGGACCCCCUCGUCCCCCUUCUAUCCCAGCUGGCGUCCAGCAUCAUUAUGGCACGACGCCGCAGAGUAUACCUCCUCGUCCUGCAUAUACACAGCCUUCGGCCUCGGCGCCCGGAAAUACUACACAAGCAUCAUCUCAAACACGUAUUCCUCAAGUUGACGGACCGUCUUCUUCUGCAUCCGAUUCAUCGUCUCCUCCUCAGAGCCAAACUUACGCACCACCCCCUCGUUCGUUGCAUCCUUCUUUACCCCAGCCUUCUCAGGGCCAAAUUGGCGUGGCGGACUCCGAGGAGAUUAAUUCAGAUCUGGAUGACUCUGACUCGGAUAGCAAUGAAGAAGAGCAAGAGGGCGCUCUUGGAGAAACCGAUAUUGUAUUUUGCACUUACGAUAAGGUCGCUCGCGUAAAAAACAAAUGGAAGUGUGUAUUGAAAGAUGGUAUGAUACACGUUAACGGGAAGGACUACCUGUUUGGCAGAUGCACAUGUGAAUUUGAAUGGUAAUUGUAGUCUAGGGGGCUGUAGACUUUGCCCGAGUUGUCUUUCGUUUCUUGUCCGCCAUCUAUAUUGCCAAGCACCGUCGUUUCAUUAUUUACCGCAUGUACUCAUGACCUGCAAUUGCAAUCCAU